AGUCAUCUAAAAAAGAUUGUUCCCACUCACUUUAAACUUUUUCUCAAAUUCUCUCGAGUACACAGACAGGAGUCUCACCCAUUUCCAACUCUCUCCAACGUUUCAAAGAGACAAAAAAGAACACAAAAUUAACCUCUAAAGUUGCUUCAUUUUCAAGAAAAAAAUCAAACCGAACCAAAAGAAUUUGCAGUAAAUAAUGGCAGGAUACAGAGCUGAAGAUGACUAUGAUUACCUAUUCAAAGUGGUACUGAUCGGUGAUUCGGGUGUAGGCAAGUCUAAUCUGCUCUCAAGAUUCACUCGUAAUGAGUUUAGUUUGGAGUCUAAGUCCACUAUUGGAGUUGAGUUCGCUACUCGUAGCUUAAACGUUGAUGGCAAGGUUAUCAAAGCUCAGAUUUGGGAUACUGCUGGUCAAGAAAGGUACCGUGCCAUUACUAGUGCGUAUUACCGAGGAGCCGUGGGUGCACUGCUUGUCUAUGAUGUUACCCGCCACUCAACAUUUGAAAAUGUUGAAAGGUGGCUAAGGGAAUUGAGGGACCACACAGAUCCCAACAUUGUGGUAAUGCUCAUUGGUAACAAAUCCGAUCUUCGCCACCUUGUGGCUGUCUCAACCGAGGAUGGCAAAUCUUUUGCCGAGAGGGAAUCCCUCUACUUCAUGGAAACCUCUGCUCUGGAAGCUACCAAUGUCGACAAUGCAUUUGCCGAAGUGCUUACUCAGAUCUAUCGAAUUGUGAGCAAGAAAGCUAUGGAAACCGGUGACGAAUCUGCCGCUUCAGUAGUUCCGCCGAAGGGAGAGAAAAUUGAUGUUAGUAAAGACGUUUCUGCUAUGAAGAGAGUAGGAUGCUGCUCUAGCUAGGAGUUUAGUUAGGAUCUUCGCGGGGAUGGAGCUGGUUUGCUUUGCUGCAUCGAUCUCUGUGUACACCAUUAUUGUGUAAAAUUUUCUCGAAAAAUGGCGGCGGUAGGAUAGAUGGGGAUUGAUUUUUGAUUUUGAUUUUUAAACUUGUUUCUCUCGGUUGCUGUUUUAGCUGACGGAGAACUUGAUUAGGAACAAAGUAUUACUCUAUUCUGUUGCUUUGAAAAUGAUCAAGUUAUCUUCUCUUA